AUGGGGAGUCAAGCGAAUCAGCUGAAGACGACUAACCACCUACGCGCUGCCACACAAGAUCAAUGGGGCGCCGUGCCAACCAGAUGGCCGAUGAUGACGGAGAGUCAAGCGAACUGGACACACGUAGCCGACCUUCCACGCCUCGCCAAACAGGAACAAUGGGGUUAUGUGCUACCCAGGCUCCCGAUGGAAAAAUGGCAUCAACCCAAGAUGCGCUCGUCAUCUACAAGGCUUCUGAUCUCGCCAUGGCUGCCGCGGACGUUGACACCCACCCGGAUGGCCUCAGAUUCGUAUGCCCGGUGCGAUCUUGUGCCACAGUAUUCGGUGCAAACUGUACCUACGAGCAAUCCACCAAACAUACCGGAUUGCACCAAUCCGUCCUGUACUCGAUGGGAUGGCACGUUUGUCCUUUCGGAUGCCGCUCUGGCUUCGCCGAUCCGUUGCAGCAACGCCAGCAUAUCUCGUCUAACUGUUCCCCUAUUCCCCAUGAUCCCCUUACCAGAACUGUACAAGGCCGGACCGCAGCGCUGCGGAUACGAUGAUUGUGACCAGACGUACAAUGAAGUUGUCUCGAUGCGCCAGCACUUUGUCAAGAAGCACGGCCACGAGGCGUAUCGCGAUCCCGAGAUCACCCACAAAGACCACACCUACAAGAAGGGCUUUUCAGAUGGCCGCGACCUUUAUCAACACAUGACUUCAAGGGUUAGCCGCGAUUGUAUCCACCGAGUGUUAAGCGGGCUGAGUUCGCUCGUUCGUUAG